AUGGCGGAAGAAACUCUGGCCUCCGCAGUCUCUGUCCCUCAAGCUCAAGAAUUAGAACCAUUGCCCCCUUUACCAGAUGCAGGCCAUAAAAGACGCCAAUCCUCAGUCUCAGAAACCGGAACCAAGAGGCGGCGCAUAAGUGUUGACGGCGACCGCCACCAACACGAGCGCUCACCGGACAACCUCAAUUACGACGACAAUACUCGCCAAUCGCCCUCACAACAACCAACAAGACCAGCUGGAAGAAAAGUCGCAGCAGCAGCCGAGGAGCGAAAACGUGGGCAAAGACUUUUCGGUGGACUACUAGGCACAUUAUCCCAAUCUUCGGCGACGAGUGCGCAGAAACGGAGGGCGGAUAUUGAGCAGAGACAGCAGGCGAAGCUCAAAUUGCAGGAUGAGCAGCAUAGUGAGAAGAAGAGGAGGAGGAAGGAAGAGCUUGUGGAAGAGCGGAGGAGACAGCAGAAGGAGUUGGAAAGGGUGUCGAUGACUGUAAGGCAUCAGAAUAUGCUGCAAUCGGCUGGAUUUUUACGUACAAAGGUGGAACCUGUCUUGUUAUGGCGGCCGUUCGAACUACGAGCUGAAGACGAAGACAAGGUUUCCAAACAGCGCCAGGAAGCUAAGGAUACAAUAACCAGAGAAGAGUCGGAGUUCGAGGAUCGCUGGCGCCAACGAGAGCAAGAGGAAGAGAAUAUAAGAAAUGAGAAUGGGAAAGCUCCGGAAGUGUCGAAUGAGCCGCCCCUGGAACCACCAGCUGGUAAAACCCGGGAUACUGAUAAGGAUACAAGCAAUCAAUCAGAGAAAAAAGCCAAAGAGAAAGGAAAUGGUGAGCCAGCGACGGAUAAAGGGGAACAAAACACUGACGCCACGCAUCAUCUAUCGCGCCACGAGGAUGAAGGGGAGGAAGUCAUGGAAGAAGAUAAGGAGGACAUGGUUCUCUACUAG